AUGAAUACCGACCUAAUUGGGCUUGCCAUAGAGGAAGAGCCAGAAUAUAUAGAUAUUGGGCUUAGGGAGAGUCAAGCAUACCAACCCGAGAUGAACCCGACUCUUAAGAAAUCAUUAUCACAGAAUGCCUUGAAUACAAUCAAGCGUAGGAAUUCUACGAAUAGUUUGCACAGAACUUUAUCACAGAGUAGUUGCUUUAGUACUUCAUCUAGUGCCACUGCUCAGAUUAGAGAUGACUCUUACAAAGAGUUCUUGCUAUUUCUAAUAGGCGAGGAGAACGCUAAGAUAUGUUGGGAGAAUCUUCCAAGGGAAACCAAGAAUGUGUUCAUAGCUAAAGCAUUGAAGAAAUCCAACUAUUUAAAGAGUGAAUCCACUUUGAAAGAUCCAUCGUUAUCUGAAAUCUUAAAAGAUGGUAGAAUUCCUACCAAGAACAGUUUUUUUUACUAUCGAAACAGAGUUACACCACAUAUUCGUAAUUCUGAGCGUGAACACGAUGCAAUUGCUAUCUCCAAGAAAGCAAGUGGAUUUUAUAACAACGAGUUAUCAGAAUCUGAGAGGCAGCGGUUAAAACUGGAUGCAAAGAAAGAAUAUGAUAAAUUCCUUAUCCAAAGACGUAAGGUUGCAGAACAGUUCAUAGAUACUUACGACAAAGCCGAUGAUUGUGAUCUAGUAUACCAACAGCUGAAAGAGUAUAAGUCGCAAUUACCACUAGAAGAGUCCCUAACAAAAUUAACAGAAGCAGUUGAAAGAUUGAGCUCCCAGGUUUCCAACACUCCUGCCACUCCUAUCGAAAAGAUACCAACAACCACCGUCUCGAAACCUAAGCUAACAGCAACUAACAAACUAUCCAAUGAUAGAAAUGCACCAAUUAUGCAAUCGCUUUACGGGAGAUUCAUUGGCAAAUUUAAGAGAAAGAAGAAACCUGCUGCCUCAACUCUUAUAUAUAGGAAACCGGUCGAGAAAUGCGCUUAA